CUCAACCAUUUUCUGCAGCACGCUUAGGAUCGCUAAAGAAACGAAAUUCCGCUGGCGGGGUAUGAGACAGGUACCAUAACGAGUCUGCCUCGUGGCAUUCCCGCUUGAUUGUGGUAGCAGGGAUGAACUUUGGAAAGGAUUUCAGCGAGCUCAUGGCUGAGGCUGAUCAGACGACGUCACAAUUGGAACGGGAAAGGCGCGAGCUGGCGAGAAGGAAGGCUGCGGAAGCUGAACGUGAGCGACGUCUGCAAGCCGACGAUGCCAAACGUAAAAAGGAACUUCAAUCGAAACUGAAAUCAUCAGCGUCGUCCAACGGUGCGAAGGAUUCUCGUUCUGCCAGCACAUCCGGCCGAAAAUCAAGAAUAGACGAGCGCAAGAGCCUAGGGGAUGAGAAAAAGAAGAAGCCAGCGGGAGGAUACAAGAGUGAUUUUCUGGAACUUAUGAAAGAAGCCGAGAAAGUAUCCUCGCAGCAUAAGAACCUUCUGGAAAAGGGUGCCUCUCGUAUAGGUCCAGAACAAGUUAUUGAAAAAAAGACUUCAGGCGAGAGACCCAAAACCUCUGCAGACUUACGUCUUGCAAGGGCACGGAGUCGCACCGAGUCGAAAAAUGGGACAGGGAAGCCGGUGAAAGUAGAUAGUUUGAAGACACAGAGAGGAUCAUUGCGAAGCCAGAUAGGCUCACCGAGUGGUAGCGAGGUGGGAAGGCGGUCCGGUGCGCAUGAAAAGGUCUCAUUGACAUCGUCAAAGGCGCGAUUAGACAGUCAGCCCGCUCGGCGUGGAACGUCACCAAACGUGACUUCUCAGGGAGUGUUAAGCAAAAAGAAACCUGAUACCGACAUCAGCUCUGUCCGACGGGGAAGUCCCCAAACUGGUAAUGCCACAAAGAGAACCUUAACAGAUGUUCGCACGAAGGUUGACGUUGCGGGUAAAGCAAGCAUUCGAAAGGAGACCAGUGACUCAAAAUUAUCAUCAACCUACAUGGGAUCUUCUGAGGAAAAGGGCCGACGAGCUGGGGACACUGGAACAAAAGCUAGGAGCAUAACGUCGUCUGCGGUUUCCUCGGAUAGGGUUAGAUCAGCCCCGAGUUCUGUCAAACGUGGACAUGAUAAUGACAGGGACCAAACAAUACGGAAAAGGCAGGACGAUGCGGAGGUUGUGAGCAAGAAGCGCCGGCGAUCUGCGGAUGCUGCUUCGGAUACCAAGUCAGGGGACGGUUUUCGCCGUCCGUACGAUAUAGAUCCCGAUAUACAAGCCCUUCGAUCUGGAAAAACCUCAGUUGGUGAUUUGAUCUGGGGUAUCUUUGGCAGAAACAAGCGAGAAUAUGUCGGGAGGGACGAUCUGGAUGACAGCGACAUGGAGGCCGAUAUGCGUUCCAUUCAGCGAGAGGAAGCUCGAAGUGCGAGAUUAGGAAGACGCGAGGACGAGGACAUUGAACGGCAGGAAGAAGAAGCAGAGAAAAGAAGGCGACUGGGAAAGAAGGCAAAAAAGUAAUUCAUCGCACAUAAUACGGACAUUGCUGGUGUGCAGUAUAUUUGUAAUUAGGGAUGUAUAUUUAUAUCAGAUAUAUUUAAGCAGAGUACAGGCUUCGUUGGGCAGGCAAUCCUUUGUGCAUGCUUUUAAUAAACUUGCAGGCAUCUGUG